AUGUCAUUCGACGAUGAUGUGCCAGAAUUCACCAACUGUCCGACGAGUCCAGUGAGAUUUAACUCGGACGCGAACACCAACUCAGCCGUAGUCGACUGGGGUGAUAUCACUGCUACAGACAACUCUGGGACCCCUACGGUAACAUCCAACUAUGCCAGGAAUCAGCGUCUUGACAUCGGAUCAUACGACUUGGUGUACCAAGCUCGAGAUAUCCAUGGCAAUGUAGCAUUCUGUAGAUUCAACGUCUUAGUGAUUGAUGGUGAGGCCCCAGGAUUUGUUGCAUGCCCCGAUUCAUUCAGUGUAUUCAUUCUCAGCUCACAGCCUUCAGUCAGAGUCACGUGGACAGAACCAAUGUUCAUGGACAACUCGUUUGCGGGUCCCGUCACAGCAAUGCCAUCACCCGGCAGUAGUCUACCAGGAUCACAACUGGCUCCUGGCGCACAUCUCAUUGAAUACAUGGCAAUGGAUGCCCAAGGAAACACUGCCUCCACCUGCUCAUUCACUGUCAAUGUCAUAGUUCAGACAGAUACCAUUGAACUGGAUGGUGAACUCUUGCUUGAUAGCGUGCGUGGAAUCAAUGGCCAAUUCAGCCCUACGGUAGCUCGACUAGGUAGCCUGUGGAACGACCUCGACGAUCUCUUCAGAAUCUCCUCUAGCUUAGCCGUAAGUUUUGUGGGAAUAGAAAUCCUUACUUCAAGUUUUGAUACAUCGAGUAACUUCCAGAUCCAGUUCCGUCUUCAUCUCAGUAAUCCGUCAUACUACAAUGGAGAAGAAAUUAAGCAAGCAUUUUACUCGGCUCUUACUGACAACCUUCACUUUGCCACCACUAAUACGAUUGUACCAGAGUCAUUCAAUUUACGUGUAAGGGAAUUCCGCGGCCAGAUUACCCUGAGGCAAAUUGUAUCUUCACCAACAACUGAGGUGGACUUUGUUACCUGUUGCGGAGAUCUAACCAGUCCUCAAUAUCUUGCUUUGGAAGAAAGAAUUCAUGAAAAAUUGUGGUCAACCUUUAGGGGCUUGGGGAACUUCAGGAUGGUGAAAUCACUUCGGUUUAGAUCCGGCAGCGUCGUUGUACCCUUCACGGUAACACUAAGUGAUGAUUCAACGGCAACCACCCAACAGGCUGAUACUUUCUUUACCAAUGCCAUUGAUGGGUCUUCCCUGGAGUGGAUGCCGGGUGGAGUGUCAUCAGAGCUUUUCCUUGUAACCCUUUCACCACCUAAUGUACUUCCGAUCACAGAGGUUUGCCCUUCUUCAUUCGACUGUUUAUCAAAUGGAGGAACAUGUACUAUCUUGAAUCAUAUUGAAGUCUAUGACCACGAAUGCAGCUGUCCGUCUGGUAGAUCGGGAGAAAAUUGUGAAAAUGAAGCUGAUCUGAGCACAGUGGCGAACAUAGGAAUUGCAGUGGGCGUGGCCACUUUCAUCCUUCUCUUUCUCUUCAUCUGCUGCUGUCUGUACUUUUUUGGAGCAAGAAACUCCAAGGAUCCCAAGUAUGGUCGGAAACCAGCUCCGCUCAUGCUCAUGCCAAUUAGAGACGACUACUAUUAUCGUCGACCCCCAAUCAUGGAUCGACAUGGCCCGAUCAUCACCGAGAUGGAAGAGGGGCUCGAAGGCCCUUUUUUCCAUCACGAGAGAGAGGACUACCAUGCCCCAGCCCCUCUUCCAUUUGCCAUCGAACCCGCGCCAUUCCUCCAAAUCCCUCGUCCUGCCAUAAUUGGUCCACAAUGUCAGCACGAGUAUGGGGAUGCUUAUCGUGCACCUCGACGAGAACGCUCCAGGAGGAAUCGCUCUCGGGACGUGCUUCCGGACCAGCUAAAUACACCAGCUAAAAUUCAAGACAUCCAAAUCCCUCGUCCUGCCAUGAUUGGUCCACAAUUUCAGCACGAGUAUGGGGAUGCUUAUCGUGCACCUCGAAGAGAACGCUCCAGGAGGAAUCGCUCUCGGGACGUGCUUCCGGAGCGUCUUCAAGGAGGUCGAUAUCGAGAUCAUGAGGGACGUCACUACCAGCGGGACUCUAUGCCUGAGAGGAUGGAAGAUAUGAAGCAGCGGCUGUUCCAAGAAUUCAACUACUAGACAAGACAUCUUAUCAAGAGACCCAGUGUGAAAGGCUCACCGCUGAACCACUCCCUGAAAUACUGUCUUCCUUUUCAAAAUCUUUCAAAAGUGUUUGAUAAUUUUUUUCUUUUGAUAUGAAGCUGUAUUAACAGCAGCAGUUUUUUUAAACUACAUGUAAAUGAAUGGUAAUCGCAAAAAACAAUGGUCCUUUACUAUGCACUAUUCACUGAACUCUAUUUUACUAGAGAUUAGAGAAAUUUAAAGUAUUUUUCACUACCGCUAAUAUAUAUAUAUACAUUUUUAAGUGCAGCAGUUCACUGCAUCAUAUAUGAAUGAGGCCUAAAAAGUGAAUGUUACAAUUACUAUAAAAAAAAAUUAAGUUACUGUUUGGUAUUUCAGAUUCUUUUUUUUUUCCUUUUUUUUGCAGGUCUAAUAAUUACAUCUCAAAGGUCAACGCUUUAAUGCCAACACAUUUCAAUUUUAGAUUCUUUUUGUUCAAUUGUAAUAUAUGAAUGCAUAUCAAAAUGAGCAUAUAUUUUUAAGGUUUGGCUCUGCAUUCUGUUGAACACACAUAAAACAGUAUUUACUUUUGUACUUUCAU